AUGGCCGCUCCACAACCCAACAACAGAGUCAUGGUCUAUGGCUAUGCCGCUUCCCCCUUCUACCAAAAAAUCACAUAUCUUCUCGAUCACUACCAAGUCGAAUGGACCCUUGUCGAUGUACCCCCCGUUAUGCCUCGUCCCAUGCUUAGCAAGCUUCUUGGCAUCACCUACCGUCGUAUCCCCAUUGUGUUCAUCGAUGGUCAAGCCUACAUCGACACAACCGCUGCCUCGCUCGCCCUCGAACGAACAUUCGGUGGUGGAUCAGGCCCCAAAUCUCUCCUCCGUCAAUUUCCAGCUCUUCAGCUCCAACUUGCUGUCAACUGGGCUGAAAGUUCCAUCUUCCGCCUCGGCGCUGGUCAUCUUUACAAUGCUCCACUCAACGAAACCUUUGUUAAAGACAGAAAAGAGUUUAUGCCAGGUUCAAGCUUCGAUGGUGCAGCUAUGAAGGCUAGGGUUCCAUUCGUGAGGAGUCAGUUGGUGGCGAAUUUGGAAGCUAUUGAGAGUCACUUGAAGGAACAGGGAGGAGGGGGAAACAAGUUUUUGUUUGGAGAUGAACCUCAGUAUCUGGAUUUCAGUCUGUUUACGCCAUUGAACUGGGUUCAGACUCAGUUGAGGACGGGCGAGGACUUGUUGCCGACCCUUUCGGCCAAGAAUCCGAACCAGGAUUGGAGUAAAUAUCCUUUUCCGAGGGCUCUAACUUGGUUGGCGAGCGUGAGGGAGUAUAUUGCACAGCACAAGGUGAAGCCGGUCAAGUUGAGUGCGGAGCAGGCGGCAGAGGUGAUUUUGAAGCAGUCGGAACAAAAUGCUGGCAAGACAGAGGGCGGGUUGAAGGUGAGUAAGGAUGAUCCACUGGUGAAGGCGGGUUGGGUGAGCGGCGAGAAGGGUCAGAAGGUCAGCGUUACGCCGGUGGAUACGGGAAGAGUGCCGCAGGUGGGUAAGUUGGUCGGGUUGGACAGCUCGAGUGUUACGAUCAAGGUAGAGGUGCCGCAGGGGAGCAAAUCGAUCUUCGCUACUUUCCCGAGGGUCAACUUUGAUGUACGUGCUGUUGACGGUGCCAAGCUCUAG